CCGAGGGGGCUCUCUGGACGCUCGGCUCCACCUCGCUCGUCUCAUCCGCCUCGUCCACCUCGUCCAUCUCCUCCGCAGCCAUGGGCUCGCAGCGCGUAUCGUCGUACCGCCGCACGUUCGGCACAGGCAGCGCCUACAGCCCCCGCUCGCUGUCGUCGCGCUCCUACGCGGGCAGCAGCAGCAGCGUCGUGCGCUCCUCGCGAUCCAUGGCCCUGGGCAGCAGUGGCAGCGUGGCCUCCUCCCUGUACGGCCGCUCCUACGUUAAGGCCAUGCCCGGCCAGAGCGUGGACUUCUCGCUGGCCGAGGCGCUCAACGCCGACUACCGCACGACGCGCACCAACGAGAAGGUGGAGCUGCAGGAGCUCAACGACCGCUUUGCCAACUACAUCGAUAAGGUGCGCUACCUGGAGCAGCAGAACAAGGCGCUGCUGGCCGAGCUGGCGCUGCUCAAGGGCCGAGAGCCAACCCGGGUCGGGCCCCUCUACGAACAAGAGCUGCGGGAGCUGCGAGCGCAGGUGGAGCGGCUCACGGGCGAGAAGGCUCGCGGAGACGUGGAGAGGGCCAACCUUCUGGACGAGUUGCAGCGACUGCAGCAGAGGCUUCAGGAGGAGACCGCUGCUCGCGAAGAAGCUGAGAAGAACCUGCAGGCCUUCCGCCAAGACGUGGACGAUGCCACGCUGGCACGCGUGGACCUGGAGCGGAAGGUCGAGUCUCUGCAGGAGGAGAUCGCGUUCCUGAAAAAGAUUCACGAUGAGGAGCUGCGGGAGGUGCAGGUGCAGGUGCAGGAGCAGACGGUGCACGUGGAGUACGACGUGGGAACCAAACCCGACCUCACCGCCGCCCUGCGCGACAUCCGCGCCGAGUACGAGGGCAUCGCGGCCAAGAACGUGGCGGAGGCGGAGGAGUGGUACAAGUCCAAGUUUCUGGAUCUGAGCGAGGCAGCCGUGCGCAACAACGAGGCUCUGCGCGCCGCCAAGCAGGAGCUGAUGGACUACCGCCGCCAAGUCCAGGCGCAGCAGUGCGACAUCGACUCCCUCAAGGGCGCCAAUGAGUCGCUGGAGCGCCAGAUCCGAGAGAUGGAGGAGCGUUUCAGCGUGGAGUCGGCCAAUUACCAGGACACGAUCACGCGCCUAGAGGACGACAUCGGGAACCUCAAGGACGAGAUGGCGCGCCAUCUGCGCGACUACCAGGAGCUGCUGCACGUCAAGAUGGCUCUGGACAUCGAGAUCGCCACCUACCGCAAGCUGUUGGAGGGAGAGGAGACCAGGAUUGCUCUACCAAUUCAGCAGCUCGGAUCUUUCAACAUAAGAGAGUCCAACCCAUCCCAUGACGUGUACAGCAAGAAGACUGUGCUCAUCAAGACGAUUGAGACGCGCGAUGGCGAGGUGAUCACCGAAUCCACCAAGAAGGAGCACAUCUAAAGAAGUGAAAUUCCAGCCAGCGAGCAUUCUCCCAUCCCCACACCUCGUAGCCACUAUUAAACCUCCAUCCACACCAUUGUCAUGCGCAACAGUUCUCACGCGUUAUUUUAGUAAUGUCUGUGCAAAUUUAACACGUACCAGGUUUUUUACAGCCAAUAUUAUGAUGAUUCGUAAAUGAUUGUUUGGGUGUGGCCACGUAAAUAUCUGACCAAAUUUGUGUAGUUAAGACCCUCCCAUCAUCCGACACGGCCAAACAAAUGAAACUGUUGCGUGUACAAGCGUUUAACAACGCUCCAAUUAGAAGCGUUUCAGCUCACUGGUGAGUUUAAGAAUUCUCGCAACCAACAUAAUCAAGAAAAUCCAGGAAUAAAAUCAAGGCAACAUUUCUGCUUUAUGGAGUGUUCUAUAGAUGAUUGGCGCAAUUUCACCGUGGUUGCAAGACUUCUUCUUUAACUGACUGGCGAGCUCACGGAAUAUUUGGUGUGUGUUAAGCGCUUAUACACGUGACAAUUGGAUUUCUUUGGCUAUGUUUGGUGGUGGAGGUUGUGCAAAUGUUGUGCUUUUUGGUUCUGGUAUUGUAAUAUUUCAUUAAAGCAUGCUCAUAUGUUAGUUCAACCUGUUAGGCCAGACUUGCAGCUUGGGGAGGCCUUGAUCUAGCAGUGGAUUGAUUAUGGCUGACGAUGAUGAAGCCAGACAGGUGAUGCUAUCCGAUAUGAGGGCUCUAGUCACUACAUACCUGGUGGCUGCUCCAGUACCCAGCCACUCUGAGACCAGUUGCCGAGCACAAGGCGCAAAAGGCCCAAUACACCAAGCGGCCAUGCAACAAACAUCACCGUCAGAAUUGUAAUAGAUAAGAGUUAACACGUGUCUUGAUUAGGGCAAGGUUAUCAUAGGAGCGUGGGACAACAGACAAUGGGAGGGAAUUCCAACGUGGAGUGGUGCGAGGGAAGAUGCAGGAAGAGAAGGAUUGUGACUUACAGCGUGGUGGUUGAACAUAACGUUCAUGAGAGGAAACAAAUCACGUGUUGCCAUUUCUGCAGAACCGUUGUUACGAUGCUUAAUUGCUUGACAUCUGUCUGCAAUUGCUGUGACCUCGUGAAUUGUGUAUAUGGUGAUGCACACGUGAUAUGAUAUGUAGAGAUAUGAUGUGUAAAGAAACCGAACGAUCUUAUAUAUAUA